CGGACCGCCUCCUCUGCGUGUUUUCGUAAACAAACCACAUUUUUCUCCCGCCGCAAAUUAUCGCUGCCAGCGUUGUCUGAUUUCAGCUGCUGUUAUCCGACGCGUCGGUGCUGGGCCGAACCUGCCCGCUGUCGGUGACUGUGUCCCGCCGUGCUGACCGUGAGGUGCCCCCGGUCGGCGUCUAUUCGACAUGGUUAAGCUGACAAAGGCCAAGACAUUCCAGGCUUACCUGGACUCCUGCCACCGUCGCUACAGCUGCGUGCACUGCCGUGCACACCUGGCCAACCAUGAUGAUCUCAUCUCUAAGUCGUUCCAAGGCAGUCAAGGUCGAGCCUACCUUUUCAACUCUGUGGUGAAUAUUGGCUGUGGUCCUGCAGAGGAGAGGCUGCUGCUCACAGGACUUCAUGCUGUGGCUGACAUCUACUGUGAAAAUUGUCACACCACACUGGGCUGGAAAUAUGAACAAGCCUUUGAACUCAGUCAGAAGUACAAGGAGGGAAAGUACAUCAUUGAGCUGUCCCACAUGAUAAAGGACAACGGCUGGGACUGAGAGGGAACCCUUGAGGAUUUUUCAUGACUUUCAAAGUUACAUCUUGUCCAUAUAGAGGGGUUCCAGUGUAGCUUCCUCAUCCUGCAAAUGAUCCACUACUGUGCUGCUGUUUCACUGCACAGAGCUUUGAAAGAAUAGCAUGUGAUGCCUUAUCUCUUUCUGUUCUUCAUGGGCUUUCCCCCCCUUCCUCCAAACAAGUACAAGAAGACGUUGGCAGAUUGUUGCCAUCCCAACGUGCUAGGAUAAGGAGUGAAUGAAUGUAAAGUUUGGUGUGCAGCAGACUGGAAGGUUUAAUCACACGGGCACAUGCUUUGGAGUUGAAGGUGCACAUUUGAUGUAUCUCUCAUGGCACAGAGUAAAAUAUUUGGACUUGAUACAGUAGUGAUGCAGGUUUAUGGAAACGCUUCAAGCAGACGGAGGGUUUUAUUGUCUCAUCAUUGAAUGAAGUUGAUGUUUUUAUUGCACGAGACAAGUUAACACUUGGUCAUUAUUUGAUCGCCAAAGGUAAUCAGGGUGGUGUACUAAUAAUAUCAAAGCCUGCAAGAAUCCUUUCCUACAGGAGUAUCUUCUGCUUGUAGGUAAACCUUUUAUUGUAUUUAGCGUGAGAAAGGGACGCGAGUUUCUGCUGAGAUGUUUGUAUUGGGUCGCACCUAGAUUUUCAACACUUUGGAGAUCAACGUUCACAAAAUGCUGAUGAGAUCUGUCCCGUACAUAUUUGUAUAUAUCACCGAGCUGUCCUUAGACACAUUACUUUAGUCAGUUGUAUAAGAGCAAUGUGUGAUUAGAAUGUAGCAUAUUUAUGGUGAUUUUAUCUUGGUUUUUUUUUAUUUCUUGUCUGCUCUUUUCAUUAAAGUGUAUGAUAUUGACCUGCUCUUUUCAUUAAAUUAGUGUUAGAAAU